CGAGCCGAAACCGUUCGACAAAAUGCAGCAGCAGCAGCAACAGCAACAGAAACUGGUUAAGAAGGAACGGCGAAUGUUCAGCUCGUCUGACGAUAGUUCAAUGAUGAAGCAAGUCGUGGCUACCCAUUCCCCCGAUGGUCGUGAAGUUGAUUUGGAACCUAUUCUUAAUGUCGUUGAAGAAACACUCCGUCUUGCCAUUCCUGCAAAUAUAGAUGGUGUCAUCAAUGGCACACAUAACGGGCAUAUCGGUGCAUUGGCUGCGGAAGAGAAAGCUGCUUUCUCAGGUUUUGACGAUCUUGAUGAACUCGAUGGAUUGGCUCAUGUGAUCCAUAAGAUUUCCUGCGAGUUUUCUUGCAAGUGUUCGGGUGGAGCAGACGCUCAUGCAUCAACUAUAGCAAUCCUAAACCUGCUUUCAAGCUACACGUGGGAAGCGAAGGUGGUGAUAUCGUUGGGGGCCUUUGCGGUCAACUUUGGGGAGUUUUGGCUCGUGGCUCAACUAUUUGCCACCAAUCCACUUGCUAAAUCGGUAGCACUGCUUAAACAAUUGCCGAACAUCAUAGAACAUUACAAAUCCCUAAAACCUCGGUUUGAUGCUAUUAAUAACCUCAUUAAUGCCAUGUUGGUUGUGACCAAAUGUAUCAUCGCAUUCAAGAACCUACCGUAUCAAUAUCUCCAAGACGACACACCACCUAAGUCCACGGCAUUGGCUCAUGUUCCAACUGCCGCUUAUUGGUCCAUCAAGAGUAUGGUGGCUUGCGCCUCUCAGCUAACGAGUCUUUUGGGCAUGAAUUACGAGUACAUCACUGCUACCUCAGAGGCAUGGGAACUUUCGAGCUUGGCUCACAAGGUCCACAACAUCCAUGAGCAUCUUAAAGCACUCUACGUCCUUUGCUGUCAAAACAUAGAGGAGAAGCAACAUGACGAGUAUUUUCUCAUGCUCGUGCGAAUCUUUGAAGUGUCUCACUUAGAUAACUUGAAAAUUAUCAAGGCUUUGCUCUGUGCCAAGGAUGACAUUCAUCCACUUUCCCAUGGCUCGUCCAAAACAAGGGUUAAUGUGGACAUCCUAAGGAAAAAGACGGUGUUGCUGCUCAUAUCUGACCUUGAAAUCUCCCAUGAAGAGAUUCUAGUUCUCACUCAAAUAUACAAAGAAUCGAGAACAUACCCGCAGAUUCAGUAUGAGGUUGUGUGGGUCCCAGUUGUUGACCUGAUGACAUGGAAUGAUGCACAUCAACACAAGCUCGAGCAGCUUCAAUCAAUGAUGACCUGGCAUAUGCUGCAUCAUCCUACAUUGCUAGAACCAGCAGUCGUCAAGUACAUCAAACAAGUGUGGCACUUUGAAAAGAAGCCGAUUCUAGUAGUGUUAGAUCCACAGGGCAGAGUAACAUCACCAAAUGCACUCCAUAUGGUCUGGAUCUGGCAAAAUGUUGCCUACCCUUUCACUAGUAUCAAAGAGGAAGCACUAUGGAAGGAAGAAACUUGGAAACUUGAGUUAUUGGUCGACAGCAUUGAUCGACAUAUUUUACGAUGGAUUGCUGAAGAGAAAUACAUAUGCUUGUAUGGAGGAGAUGACCUAGAUUGGAUCAGAAGAUUUACAAAGUUAGCCAGAGAUAUUACCACAACUGCAGGAAUCCAAUUGGAGAUGGUUUAUGUGGGAAAGAGUGGAACCAAGGAGAGAAUAAGGAAAAUAAGUGCAACGGUCAGUGAGGAGAAACUAAGCCACACUUGGCCGGAUCCCACUUCUGUGUGGUACUUUUGGACCCGGCUUGAGAGCAUGUUGUACUCCAAAAUUCAACAUGGGAAAAGUUUUGAAAACGACCCCAUUAUGAAGGAAGUGAUGACCAUGAUGAGCUUUGAUGGGAGUGAUCAAGGGUGGGCAUUGAUAUGCAGGGGAUCAAGUGAGAUGACACGGGCAAAGGCGGAUUUGGCAUUGACGAGCUUAACUCAGUAUGAGAAUUGGGAAGGAGAUGCACAAGAGAUUGGUUUUGUCCCUGCCCUAAAAGCUUACUUGGCAAAAUUGCAUACACCACAACAUUGCAACCGACUAAUACUUCCCGGGAUCAGUGGUGGGAUUCCCGAGGUGGUGGUAUGUUCGGAAUGUGGUCGAACGAUGGAGAAAUUCUUCAUGUUUCGUUGUUGUACUGAUUGAGAGAAGUGAUCAUUGUGCUUUAAUUGAUUCUGAAAUGAUGAUUGUUAGCUGUUUAAGUUAUUAGGACCAGUAAGGAGGUGCUGUUAGAUGUGUGAUUCUGGUUUGUAAUUCUGAAAUAAGUAACCAUCAGUGUGUUAUUCUUUG